GUUGGUACCUUACCCUGAUUACUUAACCAAGAGCUAUCAAGUCUCAAAAGUUAAUGGCACAUCAAAAUUUUAAUUAAAACUGCUGUAAUAGUUUUAUACAACAGUUUGCAUUUUAAUUUAUUCAUUAUUCCAUCCGGCAGACUUUACACAUAACAGGUAAAGAAAAUUUCCUGCAAAAACCACACUGCCACAUUGAUCAAUUUCUUCACCAGUUCUGAAAAGACUGCUUUAUCAUCAGCUCAAGAUGUCUCCACCAAUGAAGCCAGAAGACUUAAAAACAGCACCUUUCGAUCCCAGAUUCCCAAACCAGAAUCAAACUAAAUACUGUUACCAGAGUUUCCUUGAUUUUCAUCGUUGCAAAAAAGUUAGAGGUGAUGGCUAUGCUCCUUGCGAUUAUUUCAAAAAUGUUUUCACAAGCAUUUGCCCCAUGGAAUGGGUCGAGAAUUGGAACACUCAAAUUGAGGAAGGAAGAUUUCCAGGAAAAAUUUAACAAGUCAUCAGAACAACUGUUAGUUAUAUAUAUUAGUAAAAUUAAGUUCAACUUUUGCUGUAGUUGGCUUGUGGAAAUAUAUUGACACACAUGUGAAUGCUUUUGAAUUAUUUCGGACGUUAUAUAAUCAAGAUGCUGGAACAAUGGUUGUUGAUUAUUUCAAUUCGAGUCAUUUUUUACACGUUGCAAAUAGUUUAGCCAAUGUCCAGAAGUUUUAUGGACAUAAUCAGACACAGCCUUUGGAAUAUUUGCAAGAAGCAUAUGCGUAAUUAGAAUUGCUGUUAGACAUUUUGUUAAACCUGCUGCUGUUAAAGAUUCUUUUGAAUUUUGAAGAUUUAUGGAAGUCAUUCCGUUUGAAAAAAAUGUUCAAG